UACACCCAGAAUUUAAAAGAGACCAACAGCUGCAUUGCACAAGCCACAGUCUCUCUCUCUCUCUCUCUACUGAACUCUUUCCAUAACUCCGGUGUCGAUUUUCAGCCAGACUAGGGUGAUUUCAAGAGUUGUAGGAGCCAUUUCUUUUACCAGUCACUCAUUACUACAUUUUCAAGGUCUCUCUCUCUCUCUCUCUCUCUCAUUCUUGAAGAUGGGAGAGAUGUCAGGGUUCCAGUUGGGUGUUUUAGGUGCACUGUUUCUUUCCGUGGCAUCAUCAGUAUCCAUUGUCAUCUGCAACAAAGCCUUGAUGAGCAAUCUUGGCUUCCCAUUUGCAACCACACUGACCAGUUGGCAUUUGAUGGUAACGUACUGCACUCUACAUGUGGCGCAACGCCUCAAUUUUUUUGAGAACAAGGCAGUCGACAUGAAGACUGUCAUCCUUUUCGGAAUUCUAAAUGGAAUUUCCAUUGGAUUUCUCAACUUAAGUCUUGGAUUUAACUCCAUUGGCUUCUACCAGAUGACCAAACUUGCAAUCAUACCUUUCACUGUGCUAUUGGAAACGCUUUUCUUGAAUAAGCAAUUCAGCCAAAAGAUUAAGCUCUCUCUCUUCCUCUUACUAGUUGGAGUUGGCAUCGCUUCCAUAACUGAUCUACAACUCAAUUUAGUCGGCACAAUUCUCUCCCUCCUAGCUAUCGCAACAACCUGUGUUGGUCAAAUUCUGACAAACACAAUACAAAAGAGGCUCAAUGUCUCUUCUACACAGUUGCUGUAUCAGUCUGCCCCAUUUCAAGCUGCCAUUCUCUUUGUCUCGGGCCCUUUUGUCGAUCAGUGCCUCACCAAGCAAAAUGUUUUUGCUUUCAAAUAUUCUCCUAUUGUCUUGGGAUUCAUCAUACUUUCAUGCUUGAUUGCGGUUUCUGUGAAUUUUAGCACUUUUUUGGUUAUUGGGAAGACAUCACCUGUUACAUAUCAAGUGCUCGGCCAUCUGAAAACAUGCCUUGUUCUUGCAUUCGGCUAUACAUUGUUGCAUGAUCCCUUCACUUCCAGAAACAUCAUCGGAAUAUUGAUCGCCAUCCUUGGAAUGGUCUUGUAUUCAUAUUUUUGCUCCAUUGAGAGUAAAAAGAAGCAACUAGGCGACCUCUCAGCCGCCUCUCAGAUUAAGGAUAAGGAAACAGCAGCACUUUUGGGGGGAAUGAACAUAGGUAGUCAAGAGAAAGAAAGUCAUGAGGUUAAGAAAUCAGCCAAAGACUCUCUUGUUUAAAUACUAGUUGUAGGCUUGUGACGAAGAGUUUAUGUGUUAAGAUCUCUUUCAGACAUUUGAUGUGUACAUGAGACUUCAGACAUUUGAUGUGUAAAUGAGACUGAAAUUCUUUGAAAUAAAAGUAAAAUCUUUUGAUUCAA